CUCGGAGCGACAGCAGCGGAACUCCGGAGGAUGGAGGCGACAGCACCGCAGUUGUAGGAGAAGGAGUCUAAAUUGAUACUGAAACGAAAUCUCCUGAGAUAUAAAAUUGCAACCUCAAAGCAAAAAAAGUUUCCUCUGGAUGGUCGGAGAACAGAGGAGAGACUGUGGAACAGGGCGAAUGGAUCAUAUCUGAGUGUCUUCGUUUUGCUGAAUGGAGCUGUGACUGAUCUGUUCCUGCGUCAGGUUAUCAUCAUUGUGAGCAGAACUCAUUCCUAGGCAAUUACAAUGAUACGUCCUCCCAUCAGAAACUAGAAUGAUAAAUGAGUCUAGCGGAUCACGUGGAAGAGCGUCGGCGGGUGGACGGAUGCUCAUCGAUUUUCCAUGAAGGACACACGCUGGAUUCUCAGCAUCCAUUUCUGACCGUUAACGUCACGCAAGCGCGCAGAUGCGGCAAAGAUCUGCAUAUCUGCCUGAGGUCACGUCGCUAAUGGCUGGAAAGCCGUUCGAGAUUUACAGCUUCGACCGCACGUGAACGCCUCACAAUGCCUUCCAAAGUCUCAUGUCUGUACGUGCUGACGGUCAUCUGCUGGGCGAGCGCUCUCUGGUACCUCAGCAUCUCCCGACCCACGUCAUCCUACGUGAGCCAGCAGUCCACGCCCGCACGCAAAGCCGCCAGAAGGGCCACCAACGUCACCUUCGGGAACAUCAGGACGCGGCCACUGAACCCCCACGCAUUCGAUUUCAUCAUCAACGAGCCCAAGAAGUGCGAGACCAACGUUCCCUUCCUGGUGAUACUCAUAACCACGACACACAAGGAAUUCGACGCCCGGCAGGCCAUCCGAGAGACGUGGGGCGACGAGAGCACGUUCAGUGACCUCCGCAUCAUCACGCUCUUCCUGCUGGGACGCAGCGCGGACGCCGUGCUCAACCAGAUGGUGGAGCAGGAGAGCGAGAUCUUUCAUGACAUCGUGGUGGAGGACUUCGUCGACUCGUACCACAACCUCACGCUCAAAACCUUGAUGGGAAUGCGCUGGGUGGCCACCUUCUGCAACCAGGCCAAGUACGUGAUGAAGACGGACAGCGAUAUCUUCGUCAACAUGGACAACUUGGUGUAUAAACUCUUGAAGCCGGCGACCAAACCCAGACGGAGGUACUUCACCGGUUACGUCAUCAACGGGGGACCUAUAAGGGACAUGCGCAGCAAGUGGUACAUGCCCAGAGAUCUGUAUCCGGAGAGCAAGUACCCUCCGUUCUGCUCGGGCACGGGGUACGUGUUCUCCGCCGACGUGGCCGAGCUGAUCUACAAGACUUCUCUGCACACCAGACUCUUACAUCUGGAGGAUGUUUACGUCGGCGUGUGUCUCAGAAAGUUGGCGAUUCACCCGUAUCAGAACAGUGGCUUCAAUCACUGGAAAAUGGCUUACAGUCUCUGCAGGUACCGGAGAGUCAUUACCGUACAUCAGAUCUCCCCUGAGGAGAUGCACCGGAUCUGGAACGACAUGACCAGCAAGAAACAUCUCAAGUGUUAGAUGCCCGAGGACGUGAUGUGCCCUUUUUUUAUUCCCAUAAUGCAAAAGAGGUUUGGGGCGCGUGGAGCACAUACUGUAGAAAACUAAAACCCUUUCGAGACAUUAAAGCGAGCAAACAAGCAUAGAAAUGGAUGUGAUGAUGUAACAGUGGGAUGAGAAUUGAUUUGUUAAUAUUACAACUGUGCUGGUCUGUUUAAAAGCGAAAGAAUACGUGAACGCACACUUGUACAUGAUCGCAGGAGGUGUUUUCAUGCAGAUGCAAAGCCAAUGCGCAUCAGAUCAGAUGGAUGUCUGUGAAAUUUCGUGUCGUUUUUGCCUAGCCAGGACCGAGCAGAACCUGUGAACACAGAAAACCUGCACUUCUGUGGAGUCUGAACACAUGCAGAUUUAUUCAUACAGAUAUUUUGGUUCAUUUAAGUGAUCGAAUUCCAUAGAAUUACACAUAUGAAUAAGUGCAGUGAAAAGUAGAUUUUUUGCUGUUGGACAAAGGAUGGAUCAAACCCUUACAGAAAAAACUCAUGAAAACAUCAACCAGAUCCCAUGGGUUUCACAUCUCUUACAAAAAAGGUUUAUUUAACUGUGCUAUUCAUUUACUAAAAAUAAGAAAACCUUCAGGUACUUUUUUAUGUACUUGUGUAGUUUUAAACUAGUGUACUCAAAGUUUACUACUUUUGCACUUACAUUGAUGCAUUUGGCAGACGCUUUUAUCCAGAGUGACUUACAUUGCAUUAUACUAUACAUUUGGUUUUAUGUGCAAUCCCUGGAAUCGAACCCAUGACCUUGGUGUUGCUAGCGCCAUGCUCUAACCACUGAGCUACAAGAAAGCUAGUUUAUAGAAACAUACAUUUAUGUAAACUAAAAAGUGAUCCAGUUUAUAAUUGAUAUAUUCUGUAUAGUACUUACUACAUAAAGUAUACUUCAUAUAUACUUGAACCUUGCUUACUUUUAUUGAAUGAAAUGAGCUUGAAGUAUACUUAUUUUUGCAAGAGAUGAGAGUUUACAUGGGAUUCACGUGAAAAUGUGUGUUUUGCACAUGUGCGAUUCAUGUGGCUUUUCUGUGAAGUUUAACAGUUUCAUUUCAGUAUACGAGACUUUUAUUUCCAUGUUCAAAAUCAUAAACGCUUAAAGAAAAACAACCACAGCAAUGUAUAGUUCAUUAUUUACAAAUCUAAAAUUAUUUUCUUACUCCUGGAAUCCAAGCAUUGCUUUGGAAACGGCUGACACGUUUAUAGUUUUAUUGUAAAUGAAAGUUGCUUUAGUAUGUAGUGAGUAUUUACUGUACAUGAUCAAUCCUGUAGACACACGCGGUGAAGGUAUGCUGUAACUCUGACGUUUAUCGAAGCACUUUGAAAAGAAAUGUGAAAAAAAACGCGUUUUUGUAUUCAUCGGGAAAUGAUCGUGUUGAGGCCAAAAUGUGAUUGAUAUGUAUUUUUCUUGAUAAAUUGUUAUUGAGGGGUAGUGACUUUUAACUGUGAGAACAACAUACUAUCCCUAUGGGUACGAUUGUAUUAUACUGUGUAUUUUUUACAUAAAAAUAUAUAACAGUGUGCUUUUUUUAGAAGUGUUGACAUUUUAUUUAUAUUGGUUUUCUAUAUUACGUUAGCACUAAGCAAGAGAUCCUUUUUUUGUCAAUAUACAGUAUAGUUAAUCUAGUAAUGUAGUCCAACUGUUGGGUGUUUAAGUUUGCCAAACAACAUUUCAACUUUCACCCUUCAAGGGCAUUUCAGGAGAUGACAAAUCUGAAUAUAAAGUAGAAAUCGUCCAUUUCAUAAACAAGCAUUUGUUUGCUUAUUUUAUGAUUGGUUCCAAUUGUUUUUAUUUACACACACAUCAAGCUUAUUCCUGCGGUGAGACUUUUGAAUCAGGUUUUAAAGUGCCCAAUCCAACACGAAUUCACCAGUCGCCGGUUCUGCCAAAUUCUGGCACGGCGCAGUCCGGUCAGACGGCUCGCCAUGUGCCAAACAAUGAUGUUGCCAAAUUCUGUCGGCACCCUUGACUAAUAAAGACAGUCUUUGGCAUCGUCCGUCUGUGUAAUGCAGCCAGCGCUUUUUACAACCCAUUUCUGUCAGAAAUUGCUGCCUAUUAUGGGAUGGCUUCCAGGGAAGCUGUUGUCAGGGCAGGAUUAAAAAUCAGCGUCCACAAGUGAACAUCUUGAUCUAAAAACGAGCAUUUUCUGUGAACAGUUUGCGCAUUAGCGUUCGGUUUUGGAGGCACAAAUCACUUAUAUGUAGUGUGGCUCUAAAAUGAAUUGCUAAAGUGAUUCAAAUUAUAUAUUUAGUUCAUUGCCAAGUUAAAAAAGAAUCUUUUUAUUACCAAUCUGCUUUACACGAUUUCCCCCCAAUUACAACAAUCUAGUAACAAAUUGAAGAAAUUCAUCUCAUUCCAGUGUCUUGUUUAUUUUUACUCAAUCAGACAAGUGUUUUUCUUUUAAUUAUGGGAAACAUGUCAACGACUACAAACCAAUGUUUACAUGCAAACCUGCCGAGUGCUAGCUUGUCUUUUCAUUGUUAGAGAAUAACUUUGACAUCAGAAUUUGAAAUUUUAUUUAGACGUGAACACUUUUGCAAAGCUUUUCUAAACUAAAAUGGAUCCUCUAAUACUUUCUAAAUGCUUUAAAGAAAGUCUCUGCACUCGGCUUCCAUGUUUGCGUGCACCUCCAGGCAGCAAUUCCGGCCAUACAAGAUCAAGUCUUAUCUACUUAAAGCAAGACUGAUAGGAGACAUCAAAUGUAUUAUAUUUUGUUUUUCAAAAUGUCAUUGCACUAAACACUUUUUUCCACUUUUGAUCGUUGCAUUUUACUAAUCCCAGUCAAAGAACGGCGUCAUCUUGUUGUGGUAAUUCUAUGGUUGUCGUUGGUUUGAUGUCUUUGGGCUUUUUCUGAAGGUCUACCUCCUCAUUUCACUGACAAUGUGUUGAAAAUAAAAUUCAUAGAAAUACUUUUAAAACAAAUCCUAUGGUGCUGUAUUGAUCAGUGGUUGAUAUUAAAGUCUAGCAGGUCAGAUGGGUGAGAGCUUUCAGUCUUUUGAUGACAUUCCUUUCAAAAUGAGGCUAAAUAAAGUUUGCUAAA